UUUGCAAUUGAUGUCAUCUCAAAGACCAUUUUGCAACACUCAUUUUGUACCAGGUAAAUCUGUUUUCAUUGGCGAAAGGUCCAAUCUGACCAUAAAACUUGGGCUUCUUAUCUGCACACACGUUAGGCUUUUGAAACGACUGGUCAUUGAUUUGUAUUGGGAGGAAAACUUGACAAAUAUCAAAUGUUUAAGUUUAUCAGUUGUGGAGUGUUUGGUUCAACUGUGCAUUCAGAAUCUAGUCUCUAUUUGUGAUAUGAUAUAUAAGGGCAUGUUCGGAAGGCCAAAACGUUGUUGGUUUUGUGGUUUUGGUUUCGGUUUUGGGCUCAUAUCUCGUUUGGUGUGGGCUGAUUUGGUUUUGAAUACUGUAAAAACAAUACCAAAUUUGGGCCAAAACCAAUAUCAAGAAUUUGGUGAUAUUGGUUGAUUUUGUACUGUAGCGGCGGUAUCAGAUUGGGCCGAAUACUGUAGCGCUGGUAUCAAGUGAUACCAAACACUGUAGCAGUGAUAUGAUGUAUAAAAACAUACUUUUUCUCAAAUUAGGUCAUUUGUGCCUCUUGUUUCUCUCUCUUCUCCCGCAUGUCUGAGAGGCGAUUUGGGGCGAUUUGUUGUCUACCUUUGAUAUACAAAGGUUGUGCAAAGAUCUUCGAAAGUUUGUAGAUCCAACAUCAAACCAGUGGUUGUCGUACCUUUCUGUUGUUUGAUUUUUCUUUGUUUUCGCACAUCUCUUUGACGCGAUUUUGGGGUUUCAACUUCAACCCUUCUCAGUUCAGUCGUUGUGCGAGGUAGUUCGAGGCUUUUGUGCAACACCGGGUCUUUGAAGGAGCUGCAGGUAACGGCACUAGGAAACCUUAACCCUAAAAUUAAGACUCUAUUUGUAUGUAUUUUCAAUUUCGAGUUUCUGUAUGUGGAAUUUUUGUUUAAUUAUGUUGGUGGUAUUCUCAAUUCUCAGAUCUAUGUCUGUUGUCUGAUUUGUCUCUAUUUUCGCGCAUAUCUUUGACGCGAUUUUGUGGUUUCAACUUCAACCCUUCUCAGUUCAGUCGUUGUGCGAGGUAGUUCGAGACUUUUGUGCAACCAGUCUUUGAAGGAGCAGCAGAUGGACAUGAACAAUGACAAUGUUGAGCAAUACUCAUCAAGAGACAUUCAUUCUCUUGAUGAUGAGAAUAGUGAGGAUGUUGUAGUUAUUGAACAGGCUGAUGCUGCUAUUUGGUGUGAUGCCCAUCAAGAGAAAUUCAUGCUCUUGAUGGAGGAAGAGGUUGGAAAAGGAAAUCGUACAGGCACGACUUUUAAUCCAAUUGGGUGGACACAUAUUGUGGACGCAAUGUUAUUAGAAACUGGAAAGAAGUACACGAAGGACCAAUGUAGACAAAAAUUCAAUAAUAUAAGAGCACUGUACAAAGAUUGCAAACAAAUAUUAUCUGAGACUGGUGUAGGGUAUAACAGUGAAACUGGGAUGAUUGAGUUGGAAGCUGAAAGAUGGGUUCGAUUGUACAAGGUUAGUAUUUCAAUACGUGUCUAUUUACCAUUCAUACAGUUAGUAAUUAGUGAUUUAGUAUUAAAAGGGUUUGAUGAACAAUAAUUGUAAGCUAAUAACGUGUAGGUUCUCAAGUAUGGCAAAAAAAUAAAAAAACAGGGGUGUAAGAAUUAUAAGCAGAUGGUAAGGAUUUUUGGGAAUACACAUGUUACUGGCAAGCAUGUUCAUCCUUCUAUGAAGCCACCUAGACCUCACCGAGUGCUAACAAUGCCUCAAGUGGCAACACGUGAAGCUGAAAUUCAUAACACUGAGGGCAAUGCGGGCAUGACUGAUGUAGAACGACCUAAUGUAGAAGGACCUAUUGACCUCAAUUCUACUCCCAAACCUGUAGCUAAGAAACAGAAAAAAGAAACUUUUUCAGAAACAAUGUCUUUAGUGAUGGAAUGUUUGACUAAUAUUGGGAACGCGAAAGCUGAGAAAAUUGCAAAAGUCAUAGCAGAAUCAUCUUCUAGUUGUUAACCAUCUCGAUUUACCGAAAUGCCUGAAGUGACAUCUCCCAGUAAAAAAGAAAAAGAAAUGGAUCCCCAGCUUGAAGAGUUCGUUAAGAUCGUCAACACAUUAGUGGGGAUUGAUGAUACCCAUUAUGCUAAAGAUCAUAAGGAUGUUUGGUGAGGACAAGGUGUGGAGGGACAUAUUUCUUCGCAUUCCUUAUGACAGGAAGGUUGGGUGGGUGAUGAAUCAGCCUCUGUGAUUUCUUCGGUAUCUUACUUUUAUGUGCUUUUAAAUGACUGCUUUAUAACUGCUCUUACAUUACUGUUGGAUGACUGUAAUGAAUUUUUCUUAUCUACUGCUUUUACAUUAUUGUUGGAAGACUGUAUUUAAUUCCUCUAUCUACUACUUUUAAAUUAAUGCUGGAUAACUAUUUAUGUUCUAUAUCUAUUACUUUUACAUUAUUACUGGAUAAUUGUAUGAUUUGGUAUGUCUUUUCCAUUUUGCUUAAUUUUUAUUACAAUAACUACUUCUGUUUAUUCUUAAAUAGGACAGUAGCUAUGGACAUAAGGACAAUAUUAACCAUUUAUGAUGAUGAUGAUGAGGAGGAAAUUCUUGUAUUGAUCGCAGCCGUAUAUGAGUACUAUCAUAAACAUUUUGAUAAGCAACGUUGUAGGGAUUCCAUGUUACAAGGGGAAGAUUACAUAUUCGAGCUCUUAAAUGGACAUGAAAAUAGGUGUUAUGAAAAUUUUCGGAUGUACCCCAACACCUUUAGGGCAUUGUGUCGUGAGUUGAAAUUGUUAGGAUUGAAAGAUUCAACAUUUCUAACGAUAGAAGAACAAGUUGCAAUUUUCCUACUUACUGUGUCUCACAACGAAAGGAAUCGUGUCAUUGCUGAAAGAUUCCAACACUCUACAUCCACAAUUUCAUAUCACUUUCAUACUGUCUUAAAGUUAAUUUGUGAGUUAGGGACUAAUAUUAUUGUUCCCCCGGAUUUGAAUGAAAUUCCUAAAGAGAUAAAGAACAAUCCAAAGUUUUACCCAUACUUUAAGAAUUGUGUAGGAGCCAUAGAUGGUACUCAUAUCCAUGCUGUAGUACCAGUUGACCAACAAAUACCCUUUCGUGGUAGAAAGGGUGAUACGACCCAAAAUGUCAUGGCCGUGUGUUCAUUUGAUAUGAAAUUCACAUACAUUCUAGCAGGGUGGGAAAGGUUUGCUAAUGAUUCGAAGAUUUUAAAUGAGUGCAUUCAGAAUCAGGAUUUCAAUUUUCCAUCACCACCCGAAGGUAAGUUUUAUUUAGUGGACUCUGGGUACGCCAAUCAACCGGGGUUUUUGACCCCUUACCGAGGUCAACGUUACCACAUGCAGGAAUAUCGUAGACAUAUUAGAUGAUCACGUGGUAGAGAAGAGGUGUAUAAUUUUAGGCAUUCGUCAUUGAAGAAUAUCAUAGAGCGAUGUUUUGGGUUGGUAAAGAUGAGAUUCGCUAUAUUGAAGCAAAUGCCCCCUUAUCACUUUGACACUCAAGUUCUUAUUGUCAUUGCCUGUUGUACAUUGCAUAAUUUUAUAAGAUCCCAAGGUGAAUCUGAUGAAAUUUUUGAUUCUGAAACCCCUCAAUCUUCACAAAAUGAACCUGAUGUGGAUGACGAUGUUCAGGUGGUCAGUGCUACUAAUACACAGAUACGACAGAUGGAUAUUUAUCGUGAUGGUAUUGCCAACCUAAUUUGGGAGCACUGUAAUCACUAAUUAUAAAACUGUCUAAUAGUGUGUAGAAUUUUAAUAUGGAUAACUGUAAUUACUAAUUAUAUUACGUAAAUUAAACUCAGAUGCUCCUUAUUUAUGGAAAACUGUAAUAACUAAUUAUAUCAGGACAUCAAAUAUUAAAUGCUUUAGUACUUGUAGGCGCACUUAUGUAUAGGUUUAAAGGUGAGCGACCACAAUGUGCAUGUGGUAGAGGUCCUAUGCAUCUGUAUAGGGCUCGAACUCCAAAAAAUGAUGGUCGAUAAUUCUAUAGGUGUCUAGCUCGGGAGGUAUGGUUUUAAACUUUCAGCUGCUAUUUCUGCUACUGUUUCCUAAUUGUAUAAUUUAUAUUUCUUGUAGUCACAUAUGAAUGCAUUUAUGUGGGUGGAUGAGUUGCACCAAGGUGCACAAGUUGAAGAACAGGUUCAAUCUGACUUGGACAGAGUCAUUGCAAUGAUUCAAAAUGAACAAUGUAGACAGAAGUACAUGCUCUUCCUAGGUUGUGGAUGUCUUGCUAUCACAAUCAUGUUUAUUGUGAUUGUCCUCUUGUUGCUCAUUAUCGUUGUUAUUGAAAGAUAAAGUUAGAUAAACUUCCAUCUUUUGUAAUAUAUGACAUGUAAUACGUAUUUAGUUAAUUUCCUGUGUUUUAUUUGGUAUGUAAUAUAUACUUAAAUGGUAUAUUUUGAACUGCGUAUUAGUUGCUGUUGUGUUCUCUUCUCUGUCAUUUUGGGAGUAAGCUUUAGGCCAUUUCUAAAAUUUGCUACUGAGGUCAUUUACACUCUAUUUGCAACUUAGUCUGAAAAAAGGUUAGAUAUAUCUUAUUUAGUACUUCUAAUUAUUUCAUUCCUACCGUGUGUUAUUUUGUUUUUCUCUAAUGUUGUUCAUGUGUUUUGUUUUGCAUGAGGUCAUUUACACUUUAAUCUACAACUAAGCCUGAAAAAAGAUUAGAUAUAUCUUAUUUACUACUUCUAAUUAUUUCAUUCCUACCGUGUGCUAUUUUGUUUUUCUCUAAUGUUAUUCAUGUGUUUGGUUUUGCAUGAGGUCAUUUAUACUUUAAAUUUACAACUAAGCCUGAAAAAAGGUUAGAUAUAUCUUGUUUACUACUUCUAAUUAUUUCAUUCCUACCGUGUGUUAUUUUGUUUUUAUCUAAUGUUGUUCAUGUGUUUUGUUUUGCAUGAGGUUAUUUACACUCCAAAUUUGCAGCUUAGCCUGAAAAAAGGUUAGAUAUAUCUUAUUUACUACUUCUAAUUAUUUCAUUUCUACCGUAUGCUAUUUUGUUUUUCUCUAAUGUUGUUCAUGUGUUUUGUUUUGCAUGAGGUCAUUUACACUCCAAAUUUACAGCUUAGCCUGAAAGAAGGUUAGAUAUAUUUUGCUUGAAUUAAAUUUGUGGACGGUGUCCCUUGUUAAUUGAAUUUUGUGGGCGGUAUCCCUUGUUGAAAUAAUUUUGUGGGCGGUGUCCCUUGUUAAAUGAAUUUUGUGGGCGGUGUCCCUUAUUGAAUUAAUUUUGUGGGCGGUGUCCCUUGUGUUUAUUGUGUUUUGAAAUUUUGGAAAUGUCAAUUUUUAAGGGGAAGUCAUGCCGGAUUUUUUAAAAAUAAAAUAAAAAAAAUUGAAUUUAACUCUGCUUUAUAUUUUGCUACUAUAGGUAAUAUCUUGUUUUACAUUCAAAUUCAUUUUUUGCUACUACAUUAAAGGAUAUGGCAGUAAGUUGUAGGCAGUGGCACCAGUGGGAUUGAUAGGAAGCAUUCUCUAGUUGCUGCAACUCCAGAAAGCUACUGAUCUCUAAGUUAAUCAAAUGGAGGCCUGUGCAACUAUAAAGAAGUAGGUGUACAUUUUAUGGAAUGAAUAUUAGUGAUCUCCAGUUGUGUGUACAUUUUAUGUAAGUGUAAUGAAGUAUGUGUGUACACACAUACUAUUUUUAAGGAAUGUCUAGCUCAUUAUAUGUGGAAGUAUAUAUGUGAAUGGUGCAACACUCAAGCUCUUAAGAUUGUGAUGUACAAAGCAAAACUAUACGUGAAAGUAUAUAUGUGAAUGUUG